AUGAAUGACUCAUCAAGGCUUAGAGCUUUUCCAGUCGCGAGGACUAUUGACGAAGUCCUUGAUACCGCCUUCGACCUAGUCAUCAUAUGCACAAAGUCGGUUCCAGAAGUCAUAACUACCGCACAACUGUUGGAACCUCUCUUGAGUUCACGUUACCAACAUCCACAGCCAACCUAUGUUUUCCUCCAGAACGGACUUGCAGUGGAGAAGGACGACAGGAUCCUAGUUGGAGUAUAUAGGCCAGAUGGAGACAAUACGCCAUUGACAUCUAAAGAGGAACAGGAUAUGAACCGUCUGGUUCGCUUGGUCAAGGACAGUGGAUCUGAUGCCGAAGUGGCAACCAAUAUUGCCGCCGCCAAGUUUGGUAAAAACUUAUGGAACGCGUCAUUUGGAAUGGUGUGCUCUUUGACCGGCCUCACUCCGCAGGAAUGGAACUGUACAAAAGAGAGCGGCGAAACCGGAAUGCAGUUGAUCAGCGAGUGCCUUGCCGAAAUGAUGGUUUUGGCGAGAGCUUUGGGAUAUGGCGAGGACUUGGUGCCUUCUAGCAUGCCCCAAGGCAUUAUUGAACAAGCCAAGACGCUCAUGGUUUCACAAAGUGACUUUGUUCCUUCUGCUCUUCUUGAUGUGCGUUUGGGAAAACCGAUUGAACUUGAGGUUAUUCUUGGAGAGGUUGUAAGGAAGGCAAAGAAGCUCGACAUACGCAUGCCGGUACGUAACAUCAUUUCUUUUCAUUGUAUUUCCACUCAAUGCCGCGAGCAGCACUUGGAAAUUGUCUACAGAAUGCUCUCCAUUGUACAAGCAAACUUGUUACACAAGUCUCGCGCACACGACGUUGAGCCAUUCCCGGCCAUCAAAAUGAAACCGGCAUUAGGUUAUAAUGGACCUAUUGAACUUGUGAACGGCAUCGAUACGCAUCCCCAUAUCCUCUAUAGCAAUCAGCCGUGUCCAAGCAUAUUGCCUGGCGGGGGUGUUCGUUGGGAUGACGCAAUGGAUCCUGUACCGAACAUCCGGUCACCUCCUCAAGGCAGCUUCUCGGCACAGAACCCAGCUCAAGUCUUGAUUGUUGGAUUUGGAGCAGGCGUGGAGUUAAUAUUAAUAGCCCGAGUUGUUCGGUCCAUUGAUGAAGUUCUCGAUACUGCCUUCGACUAUGUCAUCAUUUCCACCAAAGCCGUCCCGGAAAUCAAAACAGCAGCACAAUUAUUGGAACCUCUACUGAGCUCCCAUUAUAUUCAUCCUCACCCGGCAUAUGUGUUUCUUCAGAAUGGAUUGGAAGUAGAGCGGGACGUGUAUUUGGCGUUAAAGGAGCGCAACCUUACGGGCACCCUCGUUUCAGCGGCGAUCUAUAUCAUAGCCAAUAUCAGUCCAAAUGGGGAUAUAAUUCAUGAUAAACUCCAACUUGGCGUGUACAGACCUGAUGAAGUAGACCAGGCUGUUACGUCUACAGAGCGGCAAAAUUUGGAGCAUUUAGUCCAAUUGAUAAAGGACUGUGGUUCGCCGGUUGAAGAAGCACCAAAUGUUGCUGCCGCCAAAUUUAUCAAGGAUCUAUGGCGAGUAAUCUUUUCGAAAGACAAGGUCCUCCUUACUAAAACUAGGACUAGGGUUGCAGCAUUCGACAUGCUAUCUGCUUUGACUAGUCUUUCUCCCCUUCAAUGGAUGUGCACGAACCAGAGUGGAGAGAUAGCCUUUGGCCUAGUCAACGAUUCUCUUGCUGAGAUGAUGGUCUUGGGAAGAGCAUUAGGUUAUGGCGAGGAUUUGCUACCAUCCAGCCUCCCAAAGGCCGUUGUGGAUCAGGCAAAGGGUAUCUUGGCCGCGAAAAUCGACUUUGAGCCAGCAUCCCUCGUAGGUGUACGUAAAGGUAGACCUAUUGAACUGGAACCUGUCCUCGGAGAACUUGUGAGAAAGGCCAAGAGGAGAGACGUAAAAAUGCCGGUACGCUCCUAG